AUGGCAGAGAAUUACGAUUUAGAGCAACAAGUAACCAAGGCACUGAAAACCAACUUUAAUGUGGAAAAAAUUGUGAUUGAUAAGAGUAAUGAUGAGGGAGAUCCCCUUACAACAACCAUUGAACAACCGCCAACCAGUGAUUCCUCAUUAAAAGCAACAAAUUGGGUUGAUAAAAUCGGACUUAAAAUAAAUGCUGAAAUCAGAGGUAUCGAAAGAGUUCCUGAAUCUGAACGUCAUGACAAUUCAUUAUUAUCCCCCUUCUUAGUGUUUUUAUCACCAAAUAUGGUCAUUAGUGGGUUGUCAAUUGGAUCAUUAGGGCCAGUAGCAUAUAAUUUAGAUAUGAGGACAAGCAUUGUUAUAAUCACAAUAUUUUGUUUCCUUGGAAGUAUUCCUGUUGGGUUUUUCAGUGCCUUUGGUAUGCGUUUUGGUAUCCGUCAACAAAUAUUAUCAAGAUACUUUACUGGCAAUAUCAUGGGAAGAAUUUUCGCUUUGUUUAAUGUCAUCUCUUGUAUUGGUUGGAAUGCGGUUAAUGUAAUUCCUUGUGCUGAGCUAUUAAACUCUGUUGGUCCAUUACCUCCUUGGGCUGGCUGUUUGAUCUUGGUUGGUUGUACAUGUAUCUUUGCGGUGUUUGGUUAUAAAACUGUUCAUUUGUAUGAAAAAUAUUCUUGGAUACCUAAUUUUAUUGUGUUUAUGAUCAUUAUUGCCAAAUUCUCUCAAACUCAUGCAUUUAAUUGGGGUGAAAGAAAAUCUGGUCCAACUGAAGCUGGUAAUGUGUUGAGUUUUAUAUCUGCUAUAUUUGGUUUUACUGUGGGAUGGAUUCCCCUGCUGGCUGAUUAUACUGUUUAUAUGCCUGCAAAUACUAAUCCUUGGAAAGUUGCCUUUGCCAUGACCACUGGAUUAUCAUUACCAGCAAUGUUUACAGCACUUUUGGGAGCAGCAAUAGGAACAAGUGUGAACUUAAAUGGAUCAAGAUUUGAACAAGCAUACAAUAAAAAUUCAACUGGAGGAUUGGUUUAUGAAAUAUUAUGUGGUGACAAUAAUAAUAAAGGUUAUCGAUUUAUUGUUGUUGUGUUUGCUCUUGGUGCUAUAGCCAAUGGUAUCCCUGGAUCUUAUUCUUUGUCUCUUGCCAUCCAAUGUAUAUGGAGUCAAUUUGCUCGAGUACCAAGAAUCGCUUGGUGUAUUUUGGGAAAUUUGGUAGCAUUGGCAUUUUCUAUCCUGGCAUAUUAUAAAUUCCAAGAUACCAUGUCGAAUUUUUUGUCAAUUAUUGCCUAUAACGUAUCGAUUUAUUUGAGUAUAUCCUUGACGGAACAUUUUAUUUAUCGUAGAGGAUUUUCUGGGUAUGAUGUUACUGAUUUUAAUAAUUAUAAAACCAUGCCUGUUGGAAUAGCUGGAGUUGUGGCAUUUUGUUUUGGGAUUUGUUCUACAGUGCUUUCAAUGAACCAAACUUGGUACCAAGGAGUCAUCGCAAGAAAGAUUGGUGACAAUGGUGGUGAUAUUUCGUUUGAAAUGAAUAUUAUGUUUGCCUUUAUUGGUUACAACUUGGUUAGACCAUUUGAAUUAAAAUACUUUGGGAGAUAA